GGCCGCCGAGGAGUUCCUUGCUGAAGGCGGACCGCGGAGCGGCGGGCGGCGCGCGCGCGCCCGAGAGGAGGCUGUUGGAGAAGUGGAGCGGCGGUCGCGGGGGGAGGAGGAGGAGGGACUGAGCGGCAGCGGCCCCCGCGUCCCGUGCCUCUAUGGGGGAAGCAGACAAUGGAUUAUGAUUUCAAGGCGAAGCUGGCGGCGGAGCGGGAGCGGGUGGAGGAUUUGUUUGAGUACGAAGGGUGCAAAGUGGGACGCGGCACCUACGGGCACGUCUACAAGGCGAGGCGGAAAGAUGGAAAAGAUGAAAAGGAGUAUGCAUUGAAGCAAAUUGAAGGCACAGGAAUAUCCAUGUCAGCUUGUAGAGAGAUUGCACUUUUGCGAGAAUUGAAGCACCCUAAUGUGAUCGCAUUGCAGAAGGUGUUCCUUUCUCACAGUGACAGGAAGGUAUGGCUGCUGUUUGAUUAUGCAGAGCAUGACUUGUGGCAUAUUAUUAAGUUUCACCGUGCGUCAAAAGCCAAUAAAAAGCCCAUGCAGUUGCCAAGAUCUAUGGUUAAAUCAUUACUUUACCAGAUUCUUGAUGGUAUUCAUUACCUCCAUGCAAAUUGGGUGCUUCACAGAGAUUUGAAACCAGCAAAUAUCCUAGUAAUGGGAGAAGGUCCUGAGAGGGGGAGAGUCAAAAUAGCUGACAUGGGUUUUGCCAGAUUAUUCAAUUCUCCUCUAAAGCCACUAGCAGAUUUGGAUCCAGUAGUUGUGACAUUUUGGUAUCGGGCUCCAGAACUUUUGCUUGGUGCAAGGCAUUAUACAAAGGCCAUUGAUAUUUGGGCAAUAGGUUGUAUAUUUGCUGAAUUGUUGACUUCAGAACCUAUUUUUCACUGUCGUCAGGAAGAUAUAAAAACAAGCAAUCCCUUCCAUCACGAUCAACUGGAUCGGAUAUUUAGUGUCAUGGGAUUUCCUGCAGACAAAGACUGGGAAGAUAUUAGAAAGAUGCCAGAAUAUCCCACACUUCAAAAAGACUUUAGAAGAACAACGUAUGCCAACAGUAGCCUCAUAAAGUACAUGGAGAAACACAAGGUCAAGCCUGACAGCAAAGUGUUCCUCUUGCUUCAGAAACUCCUGACCAUGGAUCCGACCAAGAGAAUUACCUCGGAGCAAGCACUGCAGGAUCCCUAUUUUCAGGAGGACCCCUUGCCAACAUUAGAUGUAUUUGCUGGCUGCCAGAUUCCAUACCCCAAACGAGAAUUCCUUAAUGAAGAUGAACCUGAAGAAAAAGGUGACAAGAAUCAGCAACAGCAGCAGAACCAGCAUCAGCAGCCCACAGCCCCUCCACAGCAGGCAGCAGCCCCUCCACAGGCGCCCCCACCCCAGCAGAACAGCACCCAGACCAACGGGACCGCUGGUGGGGCCGGGGCCGGGGUCGGGGGCACUGGAACAGGGUUGCAGCACAGCCAGGACUCCGGCCUGAACCAGGUGCCUCCGAACAAGAAGCCACGGCUAGGGCCUUCAGGCGCAAACUCAGGCGGGCCUGUGAUGCCCUCGGAUUAUCAGCACUCCAGUUCUCGCCUGAAUUACCAAAGCAGCGUUCAGGGAUCCUCUCAGUCCCAGAGCACACUUGGCUACUCUUCCUCGUCUCAGCAGAGCUCACAGUACCACCCAUCUCACCAGGCCCACCGGUACUGACCAGCUCUCCUUGGGCCAGGCCAGCCCAGCCCAGCCCAGAGCACAGACUCCAGCAAUAUGUCUGCAUUGAAAAGAACCAAAAAAAUGCAAACUAUGAUGCCAUUUAAAACUCACACACUCGGGAGGAAAACCUUAUAUACUGAGCAUUUUGCAGGACAGAUAUCUCUUCUUUAUUGACUUAAAGAAGAUUCUUGUGAAGUUUCCCAGCACCCCUUCCCUGCAUGUAUUUCAUUGUGACUUCUCUGAUAAAGCGUCUGAUCUAAUCCCAGCACUUCUGUAACCUUCAGCAUUUUUUUUGAAGGAUUUCCUGGUGCACCUUUCUCAUGCUGUAGCAAUCACUAUGGUUUAUCUUUUCAAAGCUCUUUUAAUAGGAUUUUAAUGUUUUAGAAACAGGAUUCCAGUGGUGUAUAGUUUUAUACUUCAUGAACUGAUUUAGCAACACAGGUAAAAAUGCACCUUUUCAAGCACUACGUUUUCACAGACAAUAACUGUUCUGCUCAUGGAAGUCUUAAACAGAAACUGUUACUGUCCCAAAGUACUUUACUAUUAGGUUUUUAUUUAUCUAGUUUCAGGGAAGUUCUAAUAAAAAGACAAAUGGUGGGACAGAGGGAACCUACAACCAAAAACUGCCUAGAUCUUUGCAGUUACUAUGCUUUAUGCUAUGAAGAACUGAAGUUUGCGGUAUUUUUUAUAUAAUCAUUCAUAUGGAACUGAGUUCCCAGCAUCAUCUUAUUCUGAAUAGCAUUCAGUAAUUAUGAAUUAUAAUUUUAACCUUCAAGUAGCUAAGUCUACCUUAAAAAGGGUUUCAAGAGCUUUGAUGAAAUAUAGUCUCUGAUGGCCCACACCAAAUCAACUGCACUAGGAUUUCUUUAAGGAGUAAUUUUGAUCAAAAGAUGUGUUACUUCCCUUUGAAGGAAAAGCUUUUAGUGUGUAUUGUACAUAAAGUUGGCUUCUCUAAAGAACUGCUGGUUUCUUCACAUCUGGGUCUGCAUGAGUAACUUUUUUACAUAAUCAAGGGUACUCAAGUAGAAGCCUGCAAAUUAAUCUGCUUUUAAAAUAAAGAGCAGUAUUCUCCAUUCAUAUUUGCAUUAGACAUAGAGUGACUAUUUUUAAAGCAUGUUAAAAGUUUAGGUUUUAUUCAUGUUAAAGUAUGUAUUAUGUAUGCAUAAUUUUGCUGUUGUUAGUGAAACUUAAUUCUAUCAAGAAUCUUUUCAUUGCACUGAAUGAUUUCUUUUGCCCCUAGGAGGAAACUUAAUAAUUGUGCCUAAAAACUAUGGGCAGAUAGUAUAAGACUAUACUAGACAAAGUGAAUAUUUGCAUUUCCAUUAUCUAUGAAUUAGUGGCGGAGUUCUUUCUUAGCCGCUUUAAGGAGCCCCUCACUCCCCAGAGUCGAAAGGAAAUGUAAAGACUUAGAGCUCCCAUUGUAAUGUAAGGGGCAAAAAAAUUGUGUUCUUCUGAAUGCUACUAGCAGCACCAGCCUUGUUUUAAGUGUUUUCUUGAGCUAGAAGAAAUACCUGAUUGUUGUAUAUGCAAAUUACAUGCAUUUUUUAAAACUA